AUGUUUAAGAUAUGUGUACGCUAUCUCGGUGACCCUGGAUAUCAACAAGGUAUUGAUCAGGAACUUGAUGUUAGUCAAGCAACGGUAUCUCGGACUGUGAAUAGAGUUGUGAACAGCAUAGUUGCACAGUCGAACGAAUGGAUCAAGUUUCCAACUACCAUCCAUGAACUGAUGGAGGCCAAACGGAUAUGGCAAGGCAUGUAUACAUUUCCGACAGCAAUUGGUGUAAUUGAUUGUUCACAUAUAGGAAUCCUGAAACCAAAUCGCCUUGGAGAUGAGUAUAUCAACCGAAAAGGGAAACCUACAAGUGUUGGUGUCAGUUGGCCUGGAUCAGUGCAUGAUUCCAGAAUAUGGAAAAAUUCACAGACUAGAUCACAACUAAUAAAUAAAGCAAAUGUUGUACUACUUGGCGAUGCCGGUUAUGGUAUUGAGCCAUGCCUUAUGACUCCCUACAGAAAUCCUACUCCAGGUGCAGAAAUAUAUUAUAAAAAGCUUUUAAAACAAGAACGAGUUAUAAUUGAACGCUGUUUCAAUUCGGCGGUGUGUGAAGUCAUGAAAAAGACAAGAAACACUAUUCUUCUAAGGGACAGUGGGUAUGGUAUAAUGUCAUGUCUUAUGACUCCUUACACCGACCCCCAAGUGGAAUAUCAGAGAGUCUUUAACAGGCUGCUUACAUCGGAGCGAGUUGUGACUGAGCAUACAUUUGGGCAAAAUCCUGGUUUUGUUGGGAGCUGCCACAUAAUGCAGUUGAAACAAACGUUUGUUACACUUUCCCGUUAA